AAAGUAUUUGUUGUUAUUGACUUUGACACGUCACUUGCCCAUGAAAUAAAAAAAAUGAAUUAUAGUCUAAAAUAACGAGUCUUAAUAUUCACAAAUAAUAAGAAAUUCAAUUAAAAAUAUACAUUAAUUUACUACAUAAUAUAGUGUGCAAAUUGUUAAAAAAUGGAUGAAAGUAAUAUACCCAUAGACAUAAAUAUUGGCAAGCUUCAGGACUGGCUGGUCAGUCGUCGUCAUGUAAACAAGGAAUGGCAGAAGAACAUUAUAGCUGUGAGAGAAAAAAUUAAUAAUGCCAUUCAGGACAUGCCAGCCCAUGAAGACAUAGCCGCUCUCUUAUCAGGCAGCUAUAUUAAUUACUUUCACUGUCUGAAAAUUAUUGAAAUACUUAAAGAGACAGAAGCGGACACCAAGAAUUUAUUUGGCAGAUAUGGAUCACAAAGAAUGAAAGAUUGGCAGGACAUAGUAAAGAGUUAUGAGAAGGAUAACUUGUACCUGGCUGAGGCGGCUCAAAUUUUAGUCAGAAAUAUUAACUAUGAAAUUCCUGGAUUUAAAAAGCAAAUAGCAAAAGAAGAACAAAUGCAAGCGGAAUGUGAUAAAAAACAUUCUGAUUAUCUAAAAAAUGAAGCAUCUAGUAAAACGGAAUUUUUAAUGCUUUGUAAACAACUUGGUAUCAAGGGAGACAAGAUAAAAAGGGAGCUGGUUGAUAGGUUACAAGAAUUGCCUGAAAUAUAUGAUAAGAUAGGUAAGUCACUCAAGCCUUUACAGCCAGCCAUAGAAUUAUACUCAGCCUUUACGAAAUAUAUCCUUGGCGAGCAUGCAUCAGAAGUUCUACCUCUACUCAAGUAUAUUGUUGAACAUGGUAACACUACUGUAUAUGAAUGGAGCUAUGGAGAGCCGCCUUUGAGUGUGGAGCCUGACCCAGUGCAUAUAGAGUUGGAGAAAGACGAAGCAGCUGGUGAUCAGAUCGAUUUCGGAGAAAGCACAAUAGAUUUUGGUUCAGAGGAUGCUUCGGCCGAUAUCGACUUUGGUGAUGGAGAUGCCGGUGGAGAGAUUGACUGGGGGAAUAUUGACGUGGCUCCCGCUGAGGUUGAUGUAUCAGCAGAUGUAGCAGCAAUAUCAUUGGACGAAUUAGGCAUUGUGGUGGAAGAGCAGGGAGUAGGGGGUGGUGUAGCGCGGGGGAGGGAUGCUCUGACCUUGCUAGACAAUACACCAACCAGAAACCAGUUCAUUGACCAGCUUGUUGAGCUGGAAUCAUUUCUCAAAAUGCGUCUCUACGAAACGAACGUCGCCAACGAGAGCCAGACCUUCUCGCUCAUCGAGCAGCUGCCCACCGAGAGCGAGAGCGCGCUGGCCGCCAUGUUGGCCGCCGUGCAGGGCGCCUCCUCCGCCAUCACGGCACCAGAAAUUACGCACUUGCACAACGUCAAACAUUCGCCCAGGUACGUGGACGUGCUGACGGCGCAGCUGCAGCAGAAGCUGUCGCUGUGCGGCAAGCUGGCGGCGCUGGCGGCGCGCGCGGGCGAGCGGCGCGCGGCGGCGGGCGCGCGGGCCGGCGCCGCGCGCCCCGCGCUCGAGCGCCUGCGCGCGCGCACGCGGGGCCUGCAGGCCGACAUCCAAAGUGAGAUAUCGAAGAAAUAUAAAGGAAGGCCAGUCAACAUCAUCGGCGGCGUGAAUUUCAUUUAAAUAUAGCACAAAGGAAAAUCCGUAGCGGCGGACACGUAUAUUUUUUUAAUGUUGGGUACUUCUAAUAAAAGUUUAUUACGAACAUUU